ACCAAACCCUGAAUCCUCUUCUUUUUUGUAUCAAAUCAAACCCUAACCCUGUAAAGAGAAAACGAACGUGGAGGUGGAGAUUUCUGAUUAAUCAGGCAAAUCAAUUAUUUAAAUGGCGAGAAUCAUCAAGAAAGCUGCAUCUUCGCUAACCCCGGUACUACUAGCGUAUCCGAGGACCGCUCAUAGAUCUUCUUCCAUCUUCAUCACCCCUCAAUUGAAGAACAGCAGGAAUACAAUUAGCCGAAGUAGUAGUUUAAUUUAUAGACAAGAUGUAUUAUUUCGGACUACAACUCGUCACUUCUCUUCUUCUAUCGGUAAGAAGAGACCGCCUGAAUCUGAUAAAAUCAUAUCUGCCGGUGAGGAAGCUGAAAAAGAUCUUCUUAAAAAGGUGGUGGAGACACCAAUUGAAUUCCCCUUUAAAAUUGAAGAUAAGCCAGGGGAGCAAACUGUAAUAUUGACUAGAGAAUACAUGGGUAAUUAUAUCAAAGUAUUUGUUCACAUGCCUGAUUUCUCUACUGAUGUUAACAAGGAGGAAAACAGUGAUGAAUCAGAUAACCAGAAUGACCAAGACAAGGAUAGUGUUAAUGAUCCGCAGUCCAGCAUACGCUUAGUUGUAACUAAUACGAAUUACCUCGGGACUACUUUGGUGUAUGGAGUCAUUGCUUAUCCAGAUGGGUUUUCCAUAGACAGUUUCUGUAUCAAGUAUGCAUAUGCUCCAGAUGAAGAAAAUAUAUAUUACAAAGGACUUGAUUAUGCGAAAUUGGAUAAUGACUUGCAGAAAGAAUAUCAAAGACGUUUAAAGAUCAUAGGGAUCACACCCGGCACCACUAACUUCUUACACGAGUACAUGGCUAACAGAGACAUGUACUCUUCAGAUUCAUCCAAUUCUCCUCCUCCUACUACUACUACUACUACUACUACUAUUGAUCAGAUUACUCCUGAAUCCCUCUUAACAACGUUUUUGAAUGAUGAAGGGAUUCCUGCGAACCCUGCAAUUGAACAAUAUCGACAAAGAGGACAUCCACUUGUCAGUGCUGAGGAGAUCCGCAAUAGCGGAAAGCAUCCCAAGGACUUCAUUUGGAUUCCGUAUCCAUAUCAUCGUAGUGAGAAGCUAUUGUGGAUUGAAGUUCCUAGCAAAGGUCACUAUGCUACUGAAAGUGAAAUUGAAGAAUACUGUAUUGAAGCUUUCGGCGGGGAAGAUUUCCUUGAUGGGGAAGCUUACGAAGCGAAUCCUUAUAGAUGUUUGCCUCGCAAAGCAUUGGGGGACCCCCCUGUUAUAUCCGAAGAGAUGGAUAAGAUAUUGUAUCCUGAUUUGAAACAUGCAAAUGAUCCUAAAAAAGGUUGUAAUGUUGCCCUACGACCAUACUUUGAUGAGAUGAAUAAGAUAAAGUAUCAUCCUGAUCGAGAUCCUGAUGUUGUUAUAUUUGCAUGUGAUAUAAAUCGCGAAGUAUAUUAAGCAUAUUGUACAUAAAUUUGAGAUUGGAUCAUCGUUUCUGCUCUUUUAUUUUGUUCAAGAUCUUGUUUCACUCUUAUUUUAUGUGUUUUACUGGAA